AUGAAAAAACACAACAUCACAGUGGUGAAGGAAUUCAUUUUGAUGGGAGUCACAGAUCGCCCGGAGCUGCAGGCUCCACUCUUUGUGUUGUUCCUCAUCAUCUAUCUGCUCUUAUUGGUGGGCAACCUGGGCAUGAUCAUCCUGACCAAGAUGGACUCCAGGCUGCACACUCCCAUGUACUUUUUUCUCAGACACCUGGCUAUUACAGAUCUUGGUUAUUCUACAGCUGUGGGACCCAAAAUGUUAGUAAACUUUGUCAUGGAUCAGAAUACAAUAUCUUAUUACUUUUGUGCUACACAGCUCUCUUUCUUUCUUGUGUUCAUUAUUAGUGAGCUUUUUAUUCUGUCGGCAAUGUCCUAUGACCGUUAUGUGGCCAUCUGUAACCCUCUGCUCUACACAGUCAUCAUGUCACAAGGGGUAUGCUGCAUACUGGUGGCAAUCCCCUAUCUCUACAGUGUGCUUAUUUCUCUUCUAAUCACUACAAAAAUUUUUACUUUAACCUUCUGUGACAACAAGAUCAUCAGUCAUUACUGUGACAGCUUCCCCUUGAUAUCUUUGCUCUGCUCAAAUACACAUGAAAUUGAAUUGAUAAUUUUAAUUUCAGCAGGAUUUAAUUUGGUUUCCUCCCUUCUGAUAAUUUUGUUCUCUUAUCUGCUUAUUCUUAUAGCCAUUUUCAGAAUGAAGUCCACUGAGGGCAGGCAAAAAGCUUUAUCCACCUGUGGAUCCCACCUGACAGUGGUCACAGUAUUCUAUGGGACUUUGAUAUUUAUGUAUGUGCAGCCCAAGUCCAGCCAUUCCUUUGAAACUGAUAAAAUGGCUUCUAUAUUUUACACACUUGUUAUUCCCAUGUUGAAUCCCUUGAUUUAUAGCUUGAGGAACAAAGAUGUAAAAAUUUCCCUACAAGGGGUAUGGAAAAAUAUACGCAACAUUUUCUCUUAA